AUGUUCGAAAAUUUUGAGCGCCUGGCACAGGACAAGUCUUCGAAAGCAUGGUCACUUAUGCACCAGUGCAAAUCGAUAUCUCGGGCUAUGAAAAAAGCUCACCGCGAUAUCAGUUCAGUAUCUCACAACUUGGAUAGUAUUCCUUCAAAAGACACAGCAGACAAACUUCUCAACGGGUAUCUCCGAACGAAAGAGUCACUCUUCCGGGUCUUGCAUAUACCUUCUUUCAAUGAAGAAUAUGAAAGCUUCUGGGCCAUUAAAGACACUCCAGGGGCCGCUAUAGAUGGCGUAUUUCUCCUGCAGCUCAAGCUUGUGAUGGCCAUCGGAGCCGCCACGCUUGAUGAGAAAUUCUCACUGAGGCAUCUAGCCGUGCAAUGGGUCAAUGACGCAGCAGCGCAACUCACAAUGCCAACCUCAAAGUCUCAAUUAACUCUGAAAUCCUUGAAAGCCAUGGUGCUGCUGUGUCUGGCCAGAGAAAUGACUGGCAUAGGGCCAGACCUGAUAUGGAUAUCCAUUGGCGCCUUGAUACGGGCCGCAAUGUACAUGGGGCUCCACCGAGAUCCCAUCAAGCUACCAAAUAUGACGCCGUUCAAUGCUGAGAUGCGACGGAGACUUUGGACAACCAUCCUCGAGAUCGCGGUACAAUCCAGCCUUGAUUCUGGAGGUUCUCCUCUAGUGUCUCUGACAGACUUUGAUACUCAGCCUCCUGGAAAUUUCGACGACAGCCAGCUUGUGCCAAAUACACCAAGGAAUGAGUGUUCGGUGGCGCAGGCACCCGAAAGAUACACACAAACGUCGCUGUCAAUCGCUCUGCGCGAAACUUUUCCAGCGCGCCUCGCUAUUGCCAAGUUCCUAAACGAUCUCCGGUCUGAUGGCGCGGCUUAUCAGCAUACUUUGAAUCUAGACACACAUCUGAAGGUCGCCUAUAAACAGCUAUCUAAGAGACUUUCGGUGUUCAGCAGUCGAUUAACUCCAUUUGAGACACGUAUUAUUGACUUCAUAAUGCGCCGUUACUUCAUCACCCUUCACCUUCCAUUCUUUGGGCAAGGCUUGCAAGAUGCUUCCUACGCGUAUUCGAGGAGAGUGACAGUCGAGGCAUCUGCAAAGAUUUGGCAAGUAAUCUCAGGCGCAGGCGACAUGGCUUUACUGUCAGUCUGCGGCUCCGGAUCAUUUCGGUCGAUUCCUGUUCAAGCGUGUCUGAUCAUUGCUGCGGAAUUGCAUGCUUUGUUAUUGGAGGAUGAGAGCCUUGGACCUCCGACGCUUCGGCCAGAUCUGUUAGCCGUCCUGCACGAAGCAAAGACUUGGACCUUGCAGCGAAUUGAGGCUGGAGAAACAAAUAUAAAAGGCCACUUAAGUUUAUGUGGAAUGGUGGCACGGAUAGAUUCAAUGGUUCAAGGGCUCUCAAAUGAUGAACUACAGCAAGUUUUUGCCCAAAGCGUUGAAGAAGCCAUAAAGAAUUGCUACACCAUACUCCAAGGGGCCUACCAAAAUGAACAAAUCACCAAUGUCUCCACCUGGCUAGACGAUGAGUUGGAGUUUCCUAACAUGGAACUCGAGUUCGGUGGCAUGGAAUCAUUCUUUGCACCAAGUUGGUUGUUGGGUGACGUGCCAACCGCUUUGGACAUAUGGUGA